AUGAGCCUGUUCUGCCCGUUGAGCGCCGUCAUCCAAGCGGGGCGGCGCAAGCCGGUGGGAUCCAUCAUGUCGCGGCGCUUCGGCCACUGCCGUCUCAAACCGGGAAGCCUGGAGACCCGCACAGACGACAACAUCAAAAAGCCACUGCCCUGCUCUUGCCCUCGACAUGUGGCUUCAUUCACAUACCUCUGCUCCCGUGGCCAUGGCACCGAUGUAACAACUGCCGCUACCACCAAACUUUACCCAAAACUGCACGCAAUAAAGCUGCCACUGUCACUGGGCACGGUCACUGGGCACGUCCUCUCUCUCUCUCUCUCUCUCUCUCUCUCUCUCUCUCUCUCAGUGAUCAGAUCGAUGAUGAAGAUGAUGCGUGCGAUGAUUUUGGCAGCGGUGGCGCUGUCAGCCCUGGUCGCGGCCAAUCCGCGGCCGACCGUGAUCUGGCACGGCAUGGUAUGUUGGAUCUUACUUUUUGAUGUGUGUGUGUGUGUGUGUGUGUGUGUGUGUGUGUGUGUGUGUGUGUGUUUGUAUGUGAUGCCGGGUGAUACCUGCUGCCUUCCCUUCUCCAUGGGUGCUGUCAAGAAGGAGAUUGAGGCCACUGUCCCUGGAAUCUACGUGAACAGCAUCAUGCUCGGGGAGAACCAGAUCGAAGACGAGUUUAUGGACUUUUUCGCCAACAUGAACACCCAGGUGGACAAGGUCUGCACCAUGCUCAAGGCCGACCCCAAGCUGGCGGAUGGCUUCAACGCCAUUGGCUUUAGCCAAGGCGGCCAAUUUCUGCGCGCCUACGUUGAGCGCUGCAAUGAUCCGCCUGUGCACAAUUUGGUUACCAUGGGUGGCCAGCACAUGGGCGUCGCGGAGAUUCCCGACUGUGUUGCCACCAACAUGACCAUUUGCGAGGAUGUCGCCAAGCUGUUGACCCUGGGCGCCUAUGCCGACGGCGUUCGUGACUGGCAGGUGCAAGCUCAAUACUUCCGUUCCCCAUAUAACAUGACGGCUUACCGCGAGCGCAACAUCUUCCUUGCUGACAUCAACAACGAGCGUGAGCAGAAGAACGCCACCUACAAGGAGAACUUGGUGUCUCUCAACAAGCUGGUGCUGGUCAAGUUUGCCGAAGACACGACCGUGAUUCCUCGUGAGAGCGAAUGGUUUGGUGCUUUCGCGGAAGGCGCCGAGAGCACGAUUGUGCCCAUGCGCAACCAGAGCAUCUACACCGAAGACUGGAUCGGCCUCCAGGAGCUUGACAAGCGCGGCGACCUCAUUGAGGCUUCCUGCCCUGGCAACCACAUGCAGUUUACUCUUUCCUGGCUGAAGAACAACAUGAUCAUCCCUUACCUGAACAACACGAUUUAA